AUGCAACGCCCAUAUUUCGCCUUCAGCCCGCCCAUUUUUCGCCCUCAGCCCGCCCAUAUUUCGCCCUCAGAACGCCCAUAUUUCGCCUUCAGCCCGCCCAUUUUUCGCCCUCAGCCCGCCCAUUUUUCGCCCUCAGCCCGCCCAUAUUUCGCCCUCAGCCCGCCCAUAUUUCGCCCUCGGCCCGCCCAUAUUUCGCCCUCGGCCCGCUCAUAUUUCGCCCUCAGCCCGCCCAUAUUUCGCCCUCAGAACGCCCAUAUUUCGCCCUCAGCCCGCCCAUAUUUCGCCCUCGGCCCGCCCAUAUUUCGCCCUCGGCCCGCUCAUAUUUCGCCCUCAGCCCGCCCAUAUUUCGCCCUCAGAACGCCCAUAUUUCGCCCUCAGCCCGCCCAUAUUUCGCCCUCGGCCCGCCCAUAUUUCGCCCUCGGCCCGCUCAUAUUUCGCCCUCAGCCCGCCUAUAUUUCGCCCUCAGAACGCCCAUAUUUCGCCCUCAGCCCGCCCAUAUUUCGCCCACUGUCAUUCCGGUCUCAGCCCGCCCUCAGCCCGCCCGGACCGCCCCGAAGUACUACUAAUAAGUCACUACACUACACUACACCACCAUACGCUACCACGCACCCUGAAACACCAUAUCUCCACUACACCAGUCUGCCUCAUACCACCUCACCACACCACACCGCUGAAACACAUCCUUCCAAACCACCACAUCACUACACCAUCCCUUCUCAUACCGCUAAACCACCACAGCACCCGAUACCUCCACGUUACCACACCAGCACCCCGAAACACCCUCCCACAGCAGUACACCACGCACCCCACCACGUCCCAUACCACCACGUUACCACACCAUGCUACCACGCCACGAUACCACACCACGAUACCACGUUACGCUACCACGCCACGCUAACACACCACGAUACCACGCCACGAUACCACGUUACGCUACCACGCCACGAUACCACACCACGCUACCACACCACGAUACCACACCACGAUACCACGCCAAGCUACCACGCCACGCUACCACCCCACCCCACCCUGCGUCUCGCCAUCGCCCGACGGUGA